UGAAGAGGAGGAGGAGGAGGGAAGGCAAUCUCGCGAACCAGAAGCUUGAGCCCUUUGGCUCGCCGUCGGAGGGAGGGCGGCCAUCUUGGGUGUGCGGCCUUCGCCGGCUAGAGGCCUCUAUUCUCUCGGCGCGGCUGUGAGGGAGUCAUGUCGGCGGAGGGCGCGGAGCUCGCCUCGGCCGAGGAGCAGAAGGAAAUGGAAGACAAGGUGAUUAGUCCUGAGAAGGCUGAAGAAGCCAAGUUGAAAGCCAGAUACCCUCAUCUGGGACAAAAGCCUGGGGGCUCAGAUUUCUUGAGGAAGCGACUCCAGAAAGGACAAAAAUAUUUUGAUUCUGGGGAUUACAAUAUGGCAAAAGCAAAGAUGAAGAACAAGCAACUCCCAACGGCAACUCCUGAUAAGACUGAAGUUACAGGUGACCAUAUUCCCACACCACAGGACCUCCCGCAGCGGAAACCGUCUCUUGUUGCCAGUAAGCUGGCUGGCUGACUAGACUGACAGAACUGCAUGAAUCUUCUCAUUCCCUUAAUCUUUCCUUAAUAGUUAAACUUCUCACAUUUUUGUUUCCACUAAGUCAUUGACUGACCGCUUUGCAGGUAGUGGUAGCGUGUGCUGCUAUUGUAAGAGGAUCCUGUUAAGAAUUCAGUUGUGCAGUCCUUGGAUGAAUUGAGAGCAAUGCACUGAUAUAAAAAGGACACAAUUUGUUGGAGCAAUGUAAUCUACUUGAAAAAUGUACAUAUUACCUAUUGCUAGUGUAGGGCUGGUUCCAGCAAUUGACAUAGCAAGAUUGAUUUUUUUUAAUGUUUCUGCUUUCUUUAGUUUCCUCAGUUUAACAGAGUAGUAUGUUUGUACUGAAUACAACCUCUUGUGUUUCUUCUUGUGUUUUGGUUUUAGACUGCAAGUUGCUAGAAGGUAAAGCAUGUAAUUAAAGAAGAUGGGGCUCUGACUUAAUUUGUGUAUCUGCUCUUGAACUUGAAUGGCCUUAAACCUACGUCAGCUUUAACAAUAGAUUUUUUUACUUGGGCAAUAUUUGCUCGUUCUGGUGUACUACUUGUAAACCUUGUGCUUAUUGACAACUGCCUGUUGAAGCUGGUAUUCCAUUUGGUCCUAUAAUGUAGAACACAUUUUUAAGUGGAUGAAGUGUGCAUGUGCAUAGACUGAAUUCACUUUUGUGCCAUUUAUGUAAAUAAGAUCGUUUUGCACAAUUUUUGCAACUUAUCUGUUGACUUUACAUUUUAAAAAGUGCCAACUGGAAGCACAAAUUAUUCUGUACCUUUGGAAGUCACAAUAUUCAUUUGAUUCAAGUACCUUAUUAAAAGUAACAGGCUUGUUUAGGUUCUCAGAAGCACCUAAAAUACUAUGCUGGAUCAGCUUUGCUAUUACAUCCUGUGUGUGAUAAUAAUGGCCUACAGUUUAAAUAUAUACAAUAGAGCCCUUUCAUACUAUACAAUUAUAGCACUAUAUUCUGCUUUCACUGUCUUGCCCACAUCCAGUCAAAUCCUGGGAUUUUUAAUUUAGGGAACUGAUUACAGUGUUUAGAAGUCUUUGUCAAAUAGCUUUACUGACCCAGUAAAUUACAAAACCCAGGAUUCCAUAGGAUGUGGCCAUACCCAUUAAAGUAGAAUAUAGUGUGAUAACUGUGUUGAUGGAAAGGUCCCACAGAACACUUACGCUAGUGUACCUAAGGUAGUUCCACUUCAGAGGGACUAAAUGUAAUGGCAAGUGUAUCACAAGCAACUUGCAGAUCACACUGUGUAUGGUGUUCCAGUGCUAUUUACUAUAUUUGCUUUUUGGCAUAUUUUGACAUCUAUAACGUGUAAAAACCUAUGAAUUUCAGGAUAUUUACAAUGUGAAAAUGUGAGUAAACUUUGCUGCUAUUCUACAACACAUACACAUCAUUUAGGAGUUCUCUAGAAUGGGAAGAGAAGGCGAUGGUUACCUUUCUGUAGAUAUUAUUCAAGAUAGUCAUGCGAAUUCUGUGAUUUGAAAAUAGAAGUGUGGUUUGUCACUGUAUACUGUAAAUGCUUCAGGGGGGACUAUCUUACAUAUUGGACACAAAUUGAUAUCUCACACAUGUAAAGUCUAGUCAACAUUGAUGGUAGCAUUUUGUGUUUCAGAGGAAUUUUGUAUUCUUGUUCCCUGACACUUUUUGAGAAUCAAGCUCUCAGCUCCUUUUUUAUUUUUAGGAGUGAUACUUAAGGGCAGUGUUCCUUUGUUACAUUAAAUGGUUGUUGUGUUAGAUUGUUCCAUGAUAACUGUCAUAUGUAGUCUGUCCUCUCUAAGGUCCCUCUAAAAGGCAAAUUUAAUAUGGCAUGAUAUGCUAGCAAAUCAUGGCAGUUAACUCUGACCUAUAAUACAAAUAGCUGGAUUUCAGAGAUACUGAACUCUGUCUCUCUUUGACUUCAUCCCUUUCAUAAGCUAAAGUAACCCUAAAUUUGAUUCUGUACCAAAAGUGGAUCUCUUUUAAUGUAUGGGUAAUAGGUUUAUAUUACUGGACUUUAAUUUUAAGGUUGUUUGUGCAAGAAUAAUUCUAUUACCCAAUUUGUUGUAGGGGAACAUAUUUUCAAAUUAUGUAGCAUAUCAGUUUUCCCUGGGUAGAAAUGGUAGUUAAUUUAGAGUAAAUCCCCCUCUCGCGUAGGAAUUCACAUAUUCAUUGAAUCAGAUUUUACAGUGAAAUGAAACUUAAUAGACUAGGUUUGCUUAAAACAAGAACAAGGUCACAGAUGAAGCGAACUUUUACAGACAGCUGUUCUGGUAAAUAUUCACCAUUUAUUUUUGUAUGAUUAAGAGCAAAAGCCAGACUUGUGAGAACUGACUGCCACCUAAGCCUAAUAGUUUCUAACAGAAAAUGACCAGGCAUAUUUCCUAAUAGCUACUACACUAGAUCACUGAUAUCUUAUGGAGGGAGGUAUAAAUAGCCAUGUAAAUCUCAACAUUCCAUUGCCCCACUUAUAAUUUGCUAUUUUGUAUUGUGACUGUGCAAAUUGUCCAUGUCUGCCAGUGAACUGAACUAGACUGUAAAGAAAACAAGCUGGUGAUCCGUGAGAAUAUACUACAGAACCAACCAGUUCAUCCUACUCUCUUGGUGAACUUGUGGCUCGGGAUAAACGUCAACAACCGAAGGUAGUUUGGUCAUCUGUGCUGUUAAGGACACAAGGAGCUAGAUCGACAACAAUUGUAGAAGAUCAAAUGGAUGGCUAACUUGCAACCUUCAGCUUACUCCCAACAAGAAAAAGCUGUAAAGCUUUGUGUACAUAUUGUAUAAUAUGAGUUUUACCAUUUGAUAAAUGACCUUUUUCAGAGAUCUAUCUGCACUAUCGUUUAGCAAUCUAUCCACUUUAUGCAGUAAUUAGUGCUUAAAUAUGUCUAUAAUGAAGACAGUAUGUUGUAGCCCCCCCCCCCCCCCCCCAAAUCUGUCCGGUCAUAACCUAGUGGAGUAAUGAAGUGAUUCAAAACUGUUCUUCUCCCCACACUGAUCCCACCUAUUUAUUAUUCUUGGUCAUAGGAGAGUAUGUGUAGAGGGCACAAAAGAACUGUUUGGUUUGAAAUGUUCCUUAAUGCGUUCCUGAUGCUGAAACAGUGACAAUUUCAGUUGCUCCAUAUCGCCACCUUCCCUGUAUAGUAUGCAUAAUAAAUUCAACUACUUAGUUUUCACUG